UGCGGAGCGUCGAAGCAUUGUUGGCGGAACCUUUGCCUCGAACACAUCUCACCCGCAGUAGUGGAUCCUGUUCAUCACUGCGCAGAUCGGGAUCCUUAAAUCCGAACCACAUGUGAAUCCUCUUCGUCAACUUUGUCGAAUACUGCACUGUUGAAGGACACCGAGACGCAGCCAUGGAGUCCUGCGGGAUGAGCCUGAUAAAAUACAUUCUGUUCUUUUUCAACCUGAUAUUCGCCGUAUCCGGUAUCGGCAUCAUAGUCGCCGGUGCCCUGGUCCUCUCGGAUGUCGGUGAGUUCAGCCACUUUUUGGAGGGAAGGAUAACCGCCCCGCCUGUUGUCCUCAUAGUCGCCGGAGCCAUCGUCUUUUUCAUAGCGUUCCUCGGCUGCUACGGCGCCAUAAAGGAGAAUUACACCCUGCUGAUAGCCUUCGCGGGCGCCUUGGUUGUCAUAUUCGCGAUAGAACUGGCGGUUGGAAUCGCGGCCGCUGUAUUCCGUAACGACUUCAGUAUGGCGAUGAAGGAGACCCUCAGAUCGACCAUGACGAACUACACGGAAGCUGACAAGAUGGCGUGGAACAACGUUCAGCAGAAGCUGCAAUGUUGCGGCAUCGAUGGGCCGGAGGAUUGGGAACGUGCGAAUGUCCUGCCAAGCGGCACUCUGCCCGAGUCCUGCUGCAACCUGGACUCCGGUCCGAGUACCCAGUGCAUCAUGAACAGUCAGAGCAAGGUCUACCGGAGGGGUUGUUACAUGGAACUGGAGUCCAGGGUGCAGAAUGGAGCAAAGAUCCUGAUCGGCGUAGGGAUAGGAAUAGCGUUUAUCGAGAUCGCGGGCGUGGUUCUCGCUUGCUUUCUGGCUAAUGCGAUAAAGCGAGAGGGCGGUGAGAAGUGAAGAAAAUUUUGAUAAUUUAGAUACUUGUGCGAUUUAAUUUUUUAAUUUUAUACUUUCAUUUUAUACAAAGUUUAUCAUUUUCGUUCCCGCUAUUCUUCAGUUACAAAAUUUACCCAAUAUCGUUCUUUUCGACAUCGAUUUUGACUGUUUCAAUCUUGAUAUCCAUCUUUAGUCGAUUUUCUAAUUUUAUCACCACGUCGUCCACUUCAAUAAUUGUAAUGUAUAAUGCAUGAUUUCGCUCAUGCAGAAUAUGUACGCUAUAAGGCUAUAUAAUAAUAAAUCAUCGUUUGUAGAUAUUAUAUUAUACUUUUAGAUUAACAAUCAACAUGUAAUUCGCAAUGGACGUGUAUAGAUUUUAGACUAUGUAAUCGUUACAGUUUCGCUAUACAUUCGUGGAGUUUAGAUUUUGAAUUAUACUUCGUGGUAAGUAAUAAUCAUCUGUUCAAAGCAAUGCGAUUAUGUCCAAAUAACAAUUACCUUACUAGUUAUAUACAAUAUAUAUAAGCAUAAUAUACAUCUUACCUACCUUUACGAUACACUAUAAAUAAUCUUAAUCUCAAAUAAUAUGAUAUACAAUUAUACGUAUAGAAAUAGAUUAUGAUAUACUAUAUACAUAUAUCCUGACGUAUAUAAACACGUAUAAAAACAAUUACCAGGGCAAUGUGUGUACGUGUAGCCAGUAUAAUAAUUAUAAGUCUGUAUAAUUUGUACAAUGA